CUUCCUCCUCCCCGAGUCCUAGCCGACGCCGCCGCCGCGCGCGCGGGGCCUGGAACACACGGCGCGAGCCGCCCCCGCCCCCUCCCCCCUUACGCCCACGCGGAGCCGGCCCCGCGCGCGCGCGCGCGCCCCGUGCAUCCCCGCGCCUGCGCGCUGCCCAGGCCCUGCCCGUGUGUGGGGGGCGCUGCCGGCCCCGGGGGGGGUGGGGAAAAUAAGGGAUUAAAAAAACAGCGCGCGGAACCGGGCCAGGGUUGCCCACCCCCGCCACAAUGGCCUCUGGGGUGGAAGUCCUGCGCUUCCAGCUGCCCGGCCACGAGGCCGCAACGCUACGGAACAUGAACCAGCUCCGGGCAGAGGAGCGGUUCUGCGACGUGACCAUUGUGGCCGACAGCCUCAAGUUUCGAGGCCACAAGGUCAUCUUGGCCGCCUGCUCGCCCUUUCUGCGGGACCAGUUCCUACUGAACCCCAGCUCGGAGCUGCAGGUCUCCCUGAUGCACAGUGCACGCAUCGUGGCCGACUUGCUCCUCUCCUGCUACACGGGCGCCUUGGAAUUCGCUGUUAGGGACAUCGUCAACUACCUUACAGCCGCCUCCUACCUGCAGAUGGAGCACGUGGUGGAAAAAUGCCGGAAUGCCCUCAGCCAGUUCAUUGAGCCCAAAAUAGGCCUCAAAGAGGAUGGGGUCAGUGAGGCUAGCCUUGUGAGCAGCGUCAGCGCCACCAAGUCCCUCCUCCCUCCAGCCAGGACCCCAAAGCCAGCCCCGAAGCCCCCACCCCCACCUCCUCUACCCCCUCCACUCCUGCGGCCAGUGAAGCUGGAGUUCCCACUGGAUGAGGACUUGGAGCUGAAAGCCGAGGAAGAGGAUGAGGAUGAGGAUGAGGACGUGUCUGACAUCUGCAUCGUCAAGGUGGAGUCGGCCCUGGAGGUGGCACACCGGCUCAAACCCCCUGGAGGCCUGGGAGGGGGUCUGGGCAUUGGAAGCUCCGUGGGUGGCCACCUUGGGGAGCUGGCCCAGAGCAGCGUGCCCCCCAGCACUGUAGCCCCACCGCAGGGUGUGGUGAAGGCCUGCUAUAGCCUGUCGGAAGAUGCAGAAGGGGAGGGCCUGCUGUUGAUUCCCGGAGGCCGGGCCAGCGUGGGGGCCACCUCGGGCCUGGUGGAAGCAGCAGCGGUGGCCAUGGCUGCCCGGGGGGCGGGGGGCAGCCUGGGGGCGGGGGGCAGCCGGGGACCCCUGCCUGGGGGCUUCUCAGGUGGAAACCCCUUAAAGAACAUCAAGUGCACCAAGUGCCCGGAAGUGUUCCAGGGCGUGGAGAAGCUGGUCUUCCACAUGCGGGCGCAGCACUUCAUCUUCAUGUGCCCUCGCUGUGGCAAGCAGUUCAACCACAGCAGCAACCUCAACCGCCACAUGAACGUGCAUCGUGGUGUCAAGUCACACUCGUGCGGCAUCUGCGGCAAGUGCUUCACACAGAAGUCCACCCUUCACGACCACCUCAACCUGCACUCGGGAGCGCGGCCCUACCGCUGCUCCUACUGCGACGUGCGCUUCGCCCACAAGCCUGCCAUUAGGCGGCACCUCAAGGAGCAACACGGCAAGACCACGGCCGAGAACGUGCUGGAGGCCAGUGUGGCCGAGAUCAACGUCCUCAUCCGCUAGCCGCGCAGGCGUGGAGGCCAGGAGGCUGGGGCCCCUGGGCUGCGUGGGAAAAGGGCUCUUUGGCCCAGGAGAAUUGGGGGGUGGGGGGUCUGGGGCAGAAAGGUAAGAGUGGGAGGCUGAGCAGAUGCACACAUCCUGAGAGAGGGAAGAUGAUUCCUUGGAGAGAAGACUUGCUCUUGAGAGUGCAAGAAGCUGGAGCUGGGAACGGGGUUCUUGGAGGCCAGGGGAAUACGGGGUCCCAGAGAAAGAUUUCCUUCUCUUAGAAGUGCAUGUAUAUGUGGAGGGAGGGAAAAGGGUCCUAUAGAACGAGGAAGA